UAUUGUGCAAUUUACCCCAUGUAGUAAACACGUUUACUUGAAAACUGCAUAUGUACAUGCAACAAUAACAGUUUUAUAUUGUUAAUAUAAGAAAUAAUAUUUCUGAAUAAUUUAACAAAGAUGAAGCAAUGGAUACACGAGAAUCUAUCUCGAUUAUUAACCUUUCCCGUUCCAGACAAUAUAACAGAAUAUAUCAUGGGAAUACAAAAUGAAAGGGACUUGGACGAGUAUUUGCGAUUUUUGUUGGAUUGUAGUAAUGUAAAACAUAAGGAAUUUAUUACAGAAUUAAAAAAACGUCAAGCAUCAAACAAGGAUCAAGGUGGAUAUAAAAAAAUUAAUGAUACAGAUAGUAUACAAAGAAAACAGAAUAAUAAGAAGAAAGGCAAAAUAAAAGGAAAAGAAAAACAGGAAAAUAGACAGUUACAGGAACAUCCAAAGGUCGAGAAAAUAGAAAAGAAAAAAACUAAAUUUGUCAAUCUAUAUUCGCAAGAAGGCAAAGACAGAACAACAAUUUUAUUGACAGGUAGACAUAAAUGUGACUGCGAAGCAAAAAGGCAUUCAUUGAUUAAUAAUUGUCUCAACUGUGGAAGAAUAGUUUGUAUGCAAGAAGGAGCUGGCCCGUGCUUCUUCUGUGGAGAACUUGUGUGUUCUUCUAAAGAUCAAACAAUUCUUUCUAGCAAAACUAAACAAGCAGAUCAUUUAUAUAAUAAAUUAAUGAAUAAAAAGAAACCUGUUGAAGGUUUGGAAGAAUCGUUAAAACAACGAGACAAGCUUCUUGAAUAUGAUCGCAAUAGUACACAAUGUACAAAAGUAAUUGACGAUGAAUGUGAUUAUUAUCAGACAAGUAAUAUCUGGUUAACAACCAAGCAAAGAGAAAAGUUACAACAAUUACAGGAAGAUAUAAGCGAACGAAAGCAUACAUCACGUUUGAAUAAAAGGGUGAAUGUAACCUUUGAUUUCACAGGUAGAGAAGUAAUUCAAGAAUAUCCAGUCGAUGAUUUCAAUGAAUUUAAUGAAGAACAGAUUGAAGACAUUCUUGAAUCAGUGUCAGUCAGUGAACUUGAAAGAACCAAUGUUUGCCCAGAUAUAGAAUUUAGUCGCCCAAUGUACAUUGAAUCAAAUGAAUGUGAACCAAGUACUAGAAAAGUGACGAUUCCCUCUAAAAUCAGAAAUAUUAUUCAAGAUAAAGAAUAUUUAGAAAUGUCUGAUGCAGGUUUAUGUUUAAGCAUGCAUCAACCUUAUGCAUCUUUAUUGGUUGCUGGAAUAAAACUUCAUGAAGGUCGAACAUGGUAUACAUCGCAUAGAGGAAGAUUAUGGAUCGCUUCAACUGCUAAACCAGCUACGACGGAAGAAAUUUCGGAAGUAAAACACUUUUAUCGUGUUUUAAAAGAUGAAAAAAUCAACUUUCCUGACAAUUAUCCAUCUGGAUGUUUAUUAGGUUGUGUAACGGUCACUGAUGUUUUAUCUCAAGAAGAAUAUAGAAAAGUUUAUCCAAAUGGAGAAAGUGACAGUCCAUAUGUUUUUAUAUGUGAAAAUUGUUAUUCAUUACCAAUUAAGUUCCCUAUACAAGGAAAACAUAAAAUUUAUAAGUUGGAUCAAAAAAUUCAUCAAGCUGCUCUAAAGUUUUUAGAAAAAGUUACAAAACAUACAAAUAAUUAUAAUGAAGCAGUUUUGAACACUUGAACACUAAAAUGAAGUAUUAUUGUGUUAUCUUCCA